UCUACCUCCAGAGUAGUACAGGUACAGUAUUUCAGAGGUCAGAAAGACAUGAGGAGGCUGAGGCACUGCUGAGAAUGGAAGCUGCUUUUGAGCUACUUUCAAGCAGGACAGGAGUUUCACUUUCUGGAACAGAGUUUCAGAGCUGGACUUUCGCAAAGUCACACCAUGAAUGAAGCACCUGACCUUGAGGCGCCGGCAUCUGCGGAAAAGAGCCAGACUCAGCAGGUAUCUGACCCAGUAUUGGGGGCACACCUGACUUUAACUGGAAUGAGUCUUGAUCAAGAGAGGAUGCUGGGAUCUCUUGAUCAUCCCUUUAUCGAGGAUCACCUCAACGAUGGGAAAACUCUUUAUCGAGGAUCUCUAGGCAUGGAUGAAACUCCCGCAGCUUUCGAUACAGAUGGACCGAGACCGAAGUGGAGUGAAGUCCUGUCUGGGGAGUGUUUGGCAAGGGAACCUUUGCUUAAUGAACAUUUUAAUAAUCCACUUCCUCAAAGAAGUCAGCAAACAGUGUCAAGGACGGAGGUGACAGAUGGAGGAACCAGCAGGACUCUUGGACCAGCUUGCCGGGAAUAUGUGUCCGGCUCAGGCCCGGUCCAGGAUGGCUCCAGCUCCGUGGUAGACGAAUGCCCAAUUUGCACCGAAUCCUACCAGUCCCGGGGCGAUCGUAGCAUGGCGCUGCUAAACUGUGACCAUAGCUUGUGCCAACGAUGCUUGGCCGCGAUGCUCAGGCGAGCGGCCGACUGCAGCCGAGUGCAGUGCCCACUGUGCCGGCAGAAAACCCCUCUGCUGCAAUGGGAAAUCUGCAGGCUCCAGGAGGACAGCACCUUCUGUAUGGUACCUCCAAACCCUUCCAGUGCCAUGCUUGCCCAGGCAGAAGCAGAACCAGAACCAGAACCGGUUCCACCAGACCGAGGGCUUUGCUCAGCUCUGGAGCACCGCCUCUUGCUGAGGGCGGAGACAGCCCGGGUUUGCGGCUGUUUCGAGCAUCCUCGCUGGCUCAUGCAGUUGGUACGGAGGCUGCAGCUCCAGCGCCGAUGCUCUUGCUGCUACAUGACCUUGUUGAUCUUCAUGUACCUGGCUGAGGUGACCUUUCUGUUGCUGGUCUUUCUGCCGGUGGUCGUGCUGGUGCUUCUGUUCACCCUCGCGAGCUGAGACUACAGACCAGGGAUCAAAUAAACCCAGCAGCAGAGAAGCUGGAUUUAGAGAGCUGGAUUUGGACAUUGCUGCAACAUUACGCUUCUGUAAAAGCCUCUACUGUAAUAUCUCAAUAUU